AUGCAUGCGUGGUCCAGAGAUGACGAGGAUGUUAUGGGCCCGACUGUCACUCGGGCAGCAAGCGCCAAGCCCCCGACACCAACUCUGAAGAACGGCAAUGACCUUCGAGAAUCCGGUUACCUGAUAGCUGUUGGCUCCAGAACUGCAAGGUUUCGGCGGAAACACAGAAGUAAAAUAAUGACCAUCAUACUGCUAUUACUGUUCCUAGUGUUACUGAGCUUAGUGUUAACUAUGACGAUUUUGUAUAUAAACCAGAAACACAAAAAGCCCCUGCCCAUAUGCGAGAGCAAAGAGUGUCUGAGAUCGGCUGCCAACCUCGCUCUGUCUAUGGACUUGAGUGCAGACCCCUGUGAGGACUACUAUCAGUACGUGUGUGGUAACUGGCCCCAAGAACACCCCAGGCCUGACGCUUACAAGUCCUACGAUUGGUUCAGAGACAAGCAGAGUAAAGUCUACACCCAGGUCAGAGACUUCCUCAGCAAGAAUAUAACCAACCAACCCAAACCCGUGCAGCAAGCCAAGGAUCUUUAUACUGCAUGCUUGGAUACUGAAACCUUAGACAAACGGGGAUUGAAGCCAGUGUACAAAAUAUUUGAAUCAGUAGGUCUACCUCCGUAUCCUACCAUUGUUAAUGUGACAGAAGAUCUUCACUAUGAUAAGUACACAUUCAACUGGCUAGACACGGUCAUCAAGAUAAAAAUCAAACUGGGCAUUGACGUACUAAUAGGUUUCGAUAUAUUCACUGAUCCAAAAAACUCGUCAAUCUACAGACUUGUUAUGGGAUCUCCUGAAGCUACUAACCCAUUCCCAAGUAUGAUCAACGAAAAGAAACAUCGAGGUAGCAAGUCUAUACAUGGUCACAAAAAACCAAAACAAGAUAAAAUUAGUAUAUUUGAUAUUGGAAAACGACAACAUACGGGAGAAGCGGAGAAGGAUGAUGAUGAUGACGACAAAAAAGCAGAAGCGAGCAAACUUUUUUAUGCAGACUUAAUAAAAAUAUUUAUUGUAGAAUCAGGGGCAAAGUUAAUUAAUUUAAGUAAUACAGAAAUAGAUCAGAACAUUUUUCUAGUAGCAAACGAAUUUUACAGAAUAAGCGAAGAUUUUUAUGACAUGGACUCAAGUAAUGAUACUGAUACGGAAGAUGACGAUGCGUAUGUUGAUAUCCCAGAAUAUACAGUAGAUGAGAUACAAGCACACACUGAUAUGAUCGUAGAAAGUAACAAUGGAACUGCAGAACCAAUUUGGAGGAAGUACCUAGAAGGAAUAUUCAACAUAAGCCGUGUUAGACUAGAUUUCAAAAGAGACAAAAUAUUGAUAUCAAAUCCCGAUCUCAAAUACAUGUCGCUGAUGGCUGCUUAUUUAUCAAAAAUGCAACCUGUUGCUAUUGAACUAUUGGUAUGGACGAAGGUGGCGGAAGUUCUAGCUAUACACACAACAUCAGAAGUAAGAGCUCUUUAUAGAAAGGCUUAUGAGGCUAUGGGGCGGCCCAGCCACGCCACUACUAGGAGUUUACAGUGUGCCAGUGCUGUAAAUGAUCAGAUGGGCUUAGCAGUUUCCUACGCUAUAGUCGAGCCACACUUUAUAAAUGUCACUAAACCUAAGAUAGAAACAAUGUUGAAUGAAAUGAAAAAUGCUCUAGCGCGGCUUGUUGGGAAGGCAAAAUGGAUGGACGAUGAUACGAAGUUAGCAACAUAUCAGAAAAUCAUAGAAAUGAGGACUCUUGUCGGUUACCCCAACUGGUUGUUCAAGAAAGGAUACAUAGAAGACUAUUACGAUGGAGUUGAAGUGGACAUAAGGCUACAUCUAGAGAACAUGAUAAAUAUAAUCCAAGUGAAGAUUAAGAAGGCGUUGGACAAGUUUAGACGUGGUAACAGUUACACUUGGGCGACGGAUCCUACUGAAGUUAACGCAUAUCACACUUUCCAAGAAAAUACUAUAACUGUACCGCUUGUUAUGAUACAAUAUCCCUUCUUUGAUUUGGGACUCGAUUCUCUCAACUACGGGUCUUUGGGCACUGUACUUGGACAUGAGAUCACACAUGGCUUCGACAAUUUCGGUCGUCAGUUCGACAAAAAUGGUAACAUGCUGCCGUGGUGGAGCAACGCCACCAUCAGCUCAUUCGUCAACAUGACCCAGUGUUUCGUCGACCAGUACUCCGCCUACUACGUGCCAGAGGUGGAUGAACAUGUAAACGGCAAGCGAACCCUGGGUGAGAACAUCGCCGACAACGGCGGGCUGCGGGAGGCGUACAUGGCCCUGCAGGAACAUCUGCACAAGCAUGGCCCGGAACCCAAACUGCCAGGCUUCGAGACCAUGACUUCAGAACAGCUGUUCUUCCUGUCUUAUGGCAAUCUAUGGUGCGGAGUGAACACCAAGGCCUCUCUCAAAUCCGACCUGGAAGACGAGCACUCCCCGCAGCAGUUCCGGGCGCGUGGCUCGCUGCAGAACAGCGCCGAGUUUGCCAGAGCCUGGCAUUGUCCGCCCGGAUCACCCAUGAACCCGGAGAAGCGGUGUAUUAUAUUUUAA